CUGGGGUCUUACAUGGGUUUCCAUCCUCACUCCAGUCUUGAUUUUUGCUCGGUGUUCUUGGACAAUAAGCCGUCGCUUUGUUGAGACACGUCCAGUCUCCCUGCUCGCUCCAUUCUGCAUCAGGGUUCAAGAGACCGACGCUUGAUGGAUUACGAUUUUUUCUACAAUCAAGGGGCAAACUGCAGCUUUUCUGUAACAUCAUGAACCCGAGCUUCAGGACAAAAGGACGGAAAGAGUAACGAGUCGGAAAAACUGGAGUAAGGAGAAGAAAGGAGAGAUCUAGAAAAGCCGGACUGUGAAGAUGCCGAAGCGGAGGGAGGAGAUGCAGAGAGACGUCUGGACUCGGAUCUUGCUGGCGUGGAUUACGUGUGUGUGCUUCGGCUCCUCGGUGCCGUUUGUCCACCAGUCGCAAAGUUUAGAAACGAGGCCGAGUUCAGAAAGCGAGACUUCACAUCCGGAAGGACGACGCGUCCUCCAACGGUCCAAAAGGGGAUGGGUUUGGAAUCAAAUGUUCGUGCUGGAGGAAUUCUCUGGACCCGAUCCGAUCCUCGUUGGCAGGCUCCACACGGAUCUCGACGUUGGAAACAAGAACAUCCGGUACGUUCUGGCAGGAGAAGGAGCAGGAACCAUCUUUGCCAUCAACGAGCUGACGGGUGACAUCCACGCCAUGAAGAGGCUGGACCGCGAGGAGAAGGCGGAGUACACGCUCACGGCGCAGGUCAUUAACCGAGACAACAACGAGCCACUGGAGCCUCCGUCAGAGUUCAUCAUCAAAGUGCAGGACAUCAACGACAAUCCUCCGCAGUUCAUCGAGGGGCCGUACCAGGGCUCGGUGCCCGAAAUGUCGCCUGUCGCGAGUGUCGAGGCGUUAAAAUGUGUCGUAUUGCUGGAACAGACGUGUGGAUCAGGGCCGGUGCUCUACGCCAUCUGCUUUAUGCCACCCACAAAUAAAUCACACACGAUGAUGAGCAGGAAGCUGAAGAGCAGGCCACGCAGGUCCAGUUUUAUUUUUUACUUAGACAAUUCCAUCAGCAUCCUGGCGAAGCACGACUCAUUCCGUCGGCAGAAACAGGAAGUGUACCUGCUGCCCAUUGUGGUGAGCGACGACGGAAAUCCGCCCAUGAGCAGCACCAACACGCUGAGCAUCCGAGUGUGUGGCUGCAGUAAAGACGGCGUGGUUCAGUCGUGCAACGUGGAGGCCUUCGUCCUGCCCAUCGGCCUCAGCAUGGGGGCGCUGAUCGCCAUCCUCGCCUGCAUCAUCUUACUGCUCGUGAUCGUGGUUCUGUUCGUGACUCUACGGCGGCACAAGAGCGAACCUCUGAUCAUCAAAGACGAGGAAGACGUUCGCGAGAACAUCAUCACGUAUGAUGACGAGGGCGGCGGUGAGGAGGACACGGAGGCGUUCGACAUCGCCACGCUGCAGAACCCCGACGGCAUCAACGGCUUCCUGCCUCGCAAAGACAUCAAACCCGAGCUGAGCUACAGCGUCCGCGCCGGACUCAGACCCGCCGCCAACGGCGUCGACAUCGACGAGUUCAUUAACGUCCGGCUCCACGAAGCCGAUAACGAUCCCACGGCACCGCCGUAUGACUCCAUCCAGAUCUACGGCUAUGAAGGGCGAGGAUCCAUGGCUGGGUCUUUGAGCUCGCUGGAAACUUCGUCGUCAGAUUCGGACCAGAAUUUCGAUUAUCUCAGAGAGUGGGGUCCGCGGUUUAGGAGACUCGGAGAGCUGUACUCUGUCGGCGAGAGCGACAAAGAAACUUGAGGCAUUACUAUUUUUUUCACCCUCAUGACUUUUGCAUUAUGGUGCUCGCCAGAUCAUGAUUAAAACACAUCUGUUUCAAAAUGGCGGGAAACUUUCUUGUUUUGUUUUUGAAAACUGUUAGAGACAAGCAUACUAGGGUCGGUCAUCCACAUCCCGGUGUGUAACGGGGCUGAACUUCACCACCACAGUGUCUGUCGUAGGAGGUCACUGAUUCUUGUGGAGUCUUUUAGAUUAAUGUUUUUGGCUCGUCGUUUGUUCGCAGUGACCACCGGAGGACCGACGAAGGUCACCUCGAGUGAAAGGACAAUGUUUCAGAGAUGUGGAUGAACUUCCGAGGCCUCUGAACUUCCGAGGCCUCUCCUUAACGUCAUCCGGCCAAUCAGAGGAAGAAGGAACCUUACAAAAUCGACUAAAAAGCAAUAUAUGGUCUACUAUGUUGAAUGUAUGUGUGUAUGUUUAAAGGUGAGAUAAGUGUACAAUAUUGGCUUUAAUAGAUAUUAGUUGAGAUAGCAUUUGAUACCGAGUGGCCGGAUUUCCUGAAAAGCCUCGUGGCUUGCUUUAUACACCCCGUUUGUAUUCGCGCUCUUAGUGUGUUUCACACUCGAACAUUAGUAGCCUAUAACAGACUGAAGACAAGAAGAGAAAUGUAGAAACAACGAGGCCUUCUUUUUACAGAAGCAAACAUUAAAUACAGUUGUAUUUAAACAUUUUUUGGAAACAUCGACCGUGUUUACUUCAUUAGCGUAGUAUGAUUUAUAAAUACAGUAUAUGAAUAUUCAUUGUCUGUUUUGUGCUGCGGGUAUAAAAUUAUGGUGUCAUUUCAGUUACUCUUUUUCUGCUUCGCUUCGAUCGUCACCAUUUUUUAUUUAUUUAUUUAUUUUGUAAACACUGAUAUCAGUUCUGCAGUCCAUCCUGUUUACACCUGGUCACUUCAUGCUUCUCUCUUUGAGGAUCAGCGUCAUAUAUCUACAUCUCAGCAUAUCCGUAGAUCUAUAAAGAUGCGGCCGUAAAAAAGCGGGAGGUUAAUUAAUUCGAAGUCAUAUAAACGGAUCUGUGCACGAACGACGUAUCGGUGUAUCGUUGCGUAACUGAAACUUGAACAGUGUAUCGUAAAUGACACCGCUUUCGGUAUAACGGGUCACAGUUCAAACCCUUACCGAUGCAAUGCUUCCUAACAGAAAACCCCUCACAAGAUACUGCAUAAAAUCAUUAUGUCAUGGCUGAAAUCCCCUCUCAGAAUAACGUCAUGACUGAAACCUUUGCUCGAGAUUUUAAGUCGUGGUUGAAUUCCCUUCCUGUGCAUUAUGUCCUAACAGAAACCUGUGCCAUAGUACUGUAUUAAAUCAGAACUGAGAGCCCACAACACAUUAAGUCCUGACUGAACCCCCUUCUUAAAUAUGAUGUUAUAACUGAUGCUCCACCCAGUCCAUUAUAUCAUAACUUUGUUGGAACACUGUUGGCGCAAGUGAUUAAGGCGCUGGGUUGUUGUUCGGAGGAUCAGGGUUCAAGCCUCAGCACCGCCAAUCUGCCACUGCAAAAUGCGUUAUAAUAUCCUUUUAUAUACAUUUAUAUAUCUCCAAAUUAUCCAGAACCGAAACCUUUCCUGAUACGUCACUACCGACACCUUGUCCUGUACGUUAGAACAGAACCGAAACCCUCCUUACACAUCACGUCAGAACCGAAACCUUUCCUGAUACGUCACUACCGACACCUCGUCCUGUACGUUAGAACAGAACCGAAACCCUCCUUACACAUCACGUCAGAACCGAAACCUUUCCUGAUACGUCACUACCGACACCUCGUCCUGUACGUUAGAACAGAACUGAAACCCUCCUUACACAUCACGUCAGAACUGAAAACUCUUCCCGAUCCUUCACAUCAUGACACACACCUUUUCUGAUGUACUGUAUUAGAUCAGAGCUGAUGUUCUCUCACUUGACCUUGAUCAGUUCCACCAUCCUUUAGAAUCCUUAGUGACAUAUUAGCUCAUGUCCGUAAUCGUUCUGGAUACGAGCAAGAUCGUUUCAGAAUGUCUUUCUACUUACUACCUGCCAUGUGUUACACUAAUAAGAGAUACUGUAGCUCCACGACAGCUGACUCUGGUACACGAGAACGUCAGUCACGGGAUAGAGGACGAGCUCAGUGUUGGCAGCGUGUCAAACGUCAGCGUGUCAAUCCGGUUAGAAAACGCAUGAACGGAUCAGGUGUAAACGGCGUCAGUGACGCUGACGGUGAGUCCACGGAGAACAGAUACCGUGUGUUUAUAUGAAUCUACUAUAUACGGAGUACCAGUGAUCAUUCCAAGCACAACUCCCCCCCCCCCCCUCCCCCCAGACUGUUUAGCGGAUCUGUGUAUAACCCGCCCGUCACGUAGAAACCCAUCGAUCAUAAACCGCAGACGUGUGUGUAAAGUUCCACACUGUAAGAUAGAAGAGAAAAAGGAGAAGAAAAAAAAAGCAGACAUGUACAUAGUCACUGCAGACAUUCUUCAGCUUUCUUUCAGGACGUUUUGUUUCUGCACGUUAGCUCUUGCACACGGAGAUCAUCUGAACGGCGCUACGGCUGCCCGGGUUCCUCGCUCCGUCUCUACCCGUCCUCCGUACGACGGUUUUCGGUCGAAAACAGACGAUAGACUUACAUGCAGAUCAUAUUUUCUACUGUGCUUUAACGCUUAUAUACUUGUAUGUUGAAUUAUUUACUCUGCGUAUUGUAAUCUAAGAUACCCAUGUAUUGUUU